GGGGGGCUGAAAGCGGGUAGAGCUCGACCCGGUUGCUGCACGCAACCUGCACUGAAGAAACGUCCACAGAGUGCGAUCAGAGGCAUCGUAAAGGCUUAUCGGACCUCCCAAACCGCUGCGUGACAAACUGAUCCUUGAACUUGCCAUCGAGCCAGCUGCAGGCGAGGAGUUUAUGGACCACACUGUCAUGACAGAACCAGUGACCUCUGAAUCCUCCUCCCGAUGUGAGGUGCUGAUCGUUUACAUGAGCGAGGCGGAGGAGUGGGCCGUCUACCUGCAGAACGUGCUCAGAUUCUCGCGGAAGUUCAACGACAAAUCGGUGGUCUUGCAUCUGCUUCAAGCGAGCACGGCCUUGCGUGAGCGCGAGCAGGCGCUCGUUCGUGCGAGCAGCAGCAUAGUCCUUUUAAUGUCCGCUGCGUUCUUAGACUUGCAAGACAACCCCGAAGUGCUAAAGACGUACCAGAAGGUCUUCUGUCCUCCAAAUAAAAUGGUGCUGCUUUUCUGUGGGGUGUCUGAGAGCGAGAUGCUAGAGGAGCAUUUCCAACAUUGGCACGCGUGGAGAAAACUGUACUCCGAUGACGAUCCAGCUCUAUAUGUUUCUACUGUUCUGGAGUCUAUUUCCGACGCGGCGGUCGGUGAGCUAGAGGUGGAGUACGAUGCGAGCGUGACGGAGACGGGGGCGGAGCUGGGGGAUGAGCCAGAGCCGGGGGCGGAGCUGUGGGAGGAGCCAGAGCCGGGGCCGGAGCUGUGGGAGGAGCCAAAGCCGGGGGCGGAGCUGUGGGAGGAGCCAGAGCCGGGGGCGGAGCUGUGGGAGGAGCCAGAGCCAGAGCCGGAGCCGGAGCCGGAGCCGGAGCCGGAGCCGGAGCCGGAGCCGGAGCCGGAGCCGGAGCCGGAGCCGGAGCCGGAGCCUAAUAUUGCCCCGGAAACGCUCGCUGGGGAGCCCCGACCUCCUGAAUCACCCCCGGAAACGGAAGCGCCUGAGCAGGGCCGCGAGAUCCACCGAGGGUCACAUGUCCAGCCCGCCACUUCAGUCCAGGAAACGUGCCUCACCAUCCAGCCCGACAGGAUACAGUGUGGGUCUCAGGUAAAUAUUUUCAUCAUCUUGAGGUGCAAGAUGGACUGCCAGGCCAGGGCUGAAGUGGAGUUUUCCUGCCAGGACUGCGCUCCCAAGCGUGAGCCUGGCACCUUUGAGAACGACUACACCGUCAGAGUCAAGGCCCCUGAUAUGCCUUCGGGCAUGGUGCUAGUGUCUCUGUACUGCAAUGACUCUGUGAUCUGCUCAAGGCCCAUUGCGUACUUCACCAGCAUGGGAGAACUGAGCAGCUGCCUAGAAAACAUAACAAAUCCCCUGGAUUUCAUGUGUCAGGCUUUUAAUAUAACCUCCAGUAGCACAGAGGCACUGGACAAUUUACUGACCGAGUCCCUUAGGAGCAGAAUACCCACAAGAGGCUUACACAUAUUUGGCGUGAGCCAAGUUGAGGAAGAAAACAUGUCAACUUACCAGCGGAGCGAAGAGCUCCCCACGCUGCUCCACUUCGCGGCGAAGUUCGGCCUGAAGAAGCUGGCGGCGCUCCUGCUGCAGUGCCCGGGCGCCAUGCAGGCCUACAGCGUGGCCAACCGCUACGGCGACUACCCCAACAACGUGGCCGAGAAGCACGGCUUCUCCGACCUGCGCCAGUUCAUGGACGAGUACGUGGAGACGGCCGACAUGCUCAAGUCGCACAUACAGGACAGCAUCGCGCAGGAGGGCGAGGAGGACGUGUACGAGUCCAUGUCGGCCGCGUCGCGGGACAUGCUGAUGAAGUUCUCCCUCAACCCCGGCUGCUCGGAGGAGAUCUACGAGUCCAUGCUGGAGCUAGACCCGGACUGCGUGGAGGACCUCUAUGAGGAUAUGGAAAAAAUGCGGCACGAGGCCCUGAACCCGGAGGAGGCCUUACUUCGCAAGUUUCUCCUCGGUAAAGGAGACAAGUUCAGCACUGAAAAUGAAGGGGAGGAGGAGAAGGAGGAUGAGCAGGAAGAGGAGGAGCGGGGAGAGGAAGGGGAGGGGAGAGUGGCGGAGAACAGGUUGAGCUGGGAGGAAGAGGAGGAGGAAGAUGAGGAGGAGGACCCCUAUAACCUGUGUUUUCCGGAUCAAGUAUACGACACGGUGGAUGAGCUCCUCAGCUACGUCCCGGACGUCACCAACCGGCCUCCGGCACCGAUUCCCCGACCCACCGUCACCACCCAGCCAGAGGACAACAAAACCUACAUCUCCAGAGUGUUCCACGAGAAGCCUGUGGGUCACAGGACCACGCUGACACCUGGAGGACUCUAUUCAGUCCCCGCGAGGCCGGUCCGGGACAGGCUGUCCACCACCACCUACGACCCGUACGCGGGCAUGAGGACGCCCGGGCAGCGCCAGCUGAUCUCGCUACAGGAGCGGGUGAAAGUGGGGGCCCUGAACGUGGAGGACGCCGUCCAGGAGUUCAAGGCCUGGCAGCAGAACCAGGAGAGGCGCUCCCAGUCUCUGCGCUACCAGCAGGAGAAUCUUAAGAGGCUGAGAGACAGCAUUACCAGAAGGCACAAAGAGAAAGGAAGAACUGGAAAAGACAUAGAGAUCACCGGCCCGCUGCCUCGGGGCCUGCGUGGCGACGCGUCCCUGCAGGUGGAGUGCUGCGUGUACGAGCCGGCGCCUCGUGCGAUGACCCUGCCCCCCGCCUCCAACCCGCCCGCCAGGUCCAUGCAGAGAGGCAGCUGGCACAACGGGAGCAUCUCCAGCGUGUCCAGUGAAGGGAGCAACAGACUGAGCACGCUCAGCUUCAGCAGUGGAGCGGACGGCGACUUGGAUGACAGCGUAGACUUUCCUAUCCCACCGCGACCUCCGCGUAACGACCCGCCCCCAAUCCUGCCCCCCCCGCGGGUCCCGCCUCGGGUACCCGAAAGGAUUCCUGAGAGCCCCAUGACGGAGCGCUACGUACAAAAUCCGUCUCGUGCCCUUCCUCGCCCCCCCCAGAGAGCUCCGUCCCCCCCUCCCAUCCCCAGACGACCUCGCUGAGAGAGGGGAGGACCACCCCCCCCCCCCUUCCACCACUGUUCUAUUCUCAGCUCACAAGAACCUUCUUUGGCCCAAAAGACGCUAAAUCGCAAUUCCGAGUGUUUCCGACUGUUGGGGGCGCCAUUUCCUGAAACUCGGCAAGCGUGCGUCACUCGGGAUCCGUUUCUGAGCUUCUUCCGGAGUUGUGGGGCGUGGCAGUGGGCACAUCAGGCAUUCCGAUGGGUCCCCAGACAGGCGGUCAGAAUCAAUAGGAUGGGCCUGGAUCGCAGGCCAUUUUGAAAGAAACCACCUUGCCAAAAGCAUGUCUGCAUGUGUGUUAUGUAAAUGUGUGAGCAAGCUUGAUAUUAAGGGCGCCGCCACGUUUUUUGUUAUAAUAUACACAGAACGGUGCAUAUCGCGAUAAAGCUUGUGAACAGUUUCUCUUUCCUCUGUAAUUUGACACUGAAGUUCAAGUUCAUGUAAUCAUUGAAAGACUGGCUUGAGAAUCUGUGCUGCACUUAUAAAUAUUGAUCUGACUGGGACUAGGUAUGUAGUGCACAGAAUACAGAUGUAGUGAGCCUACUGUAUUUUAAGGUAGAAACAGAUGUGGCACAAGUUAAAGGUAACAAACAAUUGAAUCAGAAUAUUUAUCUGUCUGGAUAAGGGCUGAUAUACCGUUAAUAACCAAUGAGGUGAACUGGGUACUUACGCAAUGUAUAUACUAGCUUUCUGCAAACAUCUCUAGCAAAGUUAACCUACAUACUUCUUAUUCUUUAAAUUAUUUGUCCUGGCAGGUACUGGAGGUUACUUCAUUACUGAUUUUGGAUUAUCCCAUCAUGUUUGAUUACUUUUCGGAGUUAUUUAUAAAGUGUGAUAUAUGUGUGUUCAAUAUGUGCAAAACAAUUCCAUGUAAAUUAUGAACCGGUGAGUAAUUUUUGGGAAAUCCUGUUGCGUUAUUUGUUCCGUUGAGGUGAAUUCUUAUUAUGGUCAUUUUAAUAAAUAUCCUCUCCAAAG